ACGCAAUUUUCUGUUGAUUGAUUUGAUUUGUGUAGCUACGUGUAAAGGAAUGCUGUUUAGCUAGGAAAAUAUUACAUAUUUGUUACUUUCAUGGAUGGACAUAAUGAAUGCAUAAUGCUCCUGUUGUAAACGUCACCAACUAGUAUUACUUCAAAGUGGUGCUAUUCAGAUCACCAUGUCUUCACCUCUACGGAAAUCAGCCUUUAGGGCUCCACCCAGCAGAUCCAAUGGUGAAAGAAAUUCUCCAGCAACAUCUAUGGAGAGGGCACCAAAGGCAAGUGCUUCCAGUGUCAGUGGGACAGCUAAGAAAAUUACAGGAGGUGGAAAAGGAACUAUUCAGACAGAAGUCCUCAAGCGACGUCUUGAGCGAUUGAAACAAAACUCUAACCCUCAGAUUCAGAAUGGUGCUAAGCCCAAAAGUGGAAUGCCAACUGUGGCAUAUACUAGUGGUAGUAACAGCAGGGUUGACUCACCACAGUCUACACCUACACCAGUAAACACUAGUACUCCUCAGUUUGUACGUAGAAUGAGUGAGAAUGACCCAAGAAGGAACUUGAUCAAAAGCGGAAUCUCGACAAAACGAAAGGCUAGUUUUCCACAAUCCUCUCCAAGGUCAUUCAAUAUUGUUCCUUCUCCACUUGCAGCUACAGCUACAAAAGCUACAACAACUUCAAAAAAUCCAAACAGUGAGGCAAAUAGUAGUGUCAGUCAAAAUUCCACUCGAAGAGGAAACAGUAUUAAACAACAAGCUAACACUGCUGUGAGCAAGAAGACAAGACCUCAAUCUUCAUCACCCAAAACCAGUAUUGGCUCCUCAAAAAUGGACAAAAGAACUUCAAAGGCAACUCCUCAUGACAGUGACAUAAGUCGGACCUCUACCCCAGAUCGGAUGAUUCGGGUCAUAUCUUGUGAAAGUACUGAUGAAGGACAUAUACCUUCUACCCGAAAAGACUCUUCGCUUCCAGGACAAAACCCCUCCCAAAGGGAAGACCGAAGAGGUGGUCCCAAUGGGGAUGGGUUGUCAUUGGAUAGGAAGAACAGUGCAAACACUCUGGAUGGUAUCAGAGGAACCAAAUCUGAUGCAAAGCAUUCAUACAUGAGCAAUGGUUAUGAUGAAGACAGCACAAAUGUAGAGCUUGAAUUGAGAAGUUUGAAGUCAGAAAGUGAUAGCAGUGUAGUUAGCGAAAGAACACGUAGGAAGAAGAAUAACAAAAAGAAUGCUGACUCUGAAAAAAGAAAGGACAUUGAGAGUUCUAGCAGUCAGAGCAAGAAAGUCCAUCAAAAGCAACAUCAGGUGAGAAUUAGACUUUUUGUUUUUAUUAAUGAAAUAUAACUUGUUGUUUUGAUAAUUACUAUAAUGUUUGAAUACUGGUACAUGGAGUUGAUGUUGCUUCUUAGUCAAGAUUAAAGAAAGUAUGUCGAGCAUAUGUGCAGCAAUUUCUUGAAAUAUCUUGUCAUUUUAUGGUGGGAUGACUCACGAGAUGUAUAAACUUAGAAAUUCAAGGGGAGGAUUCUCUCCCCCAGCCCCCACCCCAGGAUUUCCUUCCAUGCUGACAAGCUCUGCUAAUGAUCAGGGCUCACUUAACUAUAAAUGUACCUUUAUUCAUCUAAAACUCUUGAGCUGAAUGUUGGAAAAAGAUUUCCCCAAUUUCUCAUCAAUAAGAGCCAGAAAUACCUGGUACGGUAGUACUUUGGCAUGGCUUUUACUAGGAUUUAUAUUUUACCUUUAAAUUUGAUUUUAACUCAGAACAAAAAACAGGAUUACAAUCCUGAUUUGUCAACUUUGUUAACUUUCAGACUCUGCAUUCUGCGAAUUGGAAAAUCUGCAUGUAAUAUACAUAUAGGUCUAUAUUUUAUUUAAAUGUAAGCUUAUGUAUAUAAACCCCUCAAAAGUUCUGCAACUCAAGUUUGAGGAGUAAUAAAUUUCUUAGUGUGCCUUCAUCACAGUGAAUGAGUUAUCAUUAGAAAGCAUAAUUAUUCCUCUUUACAAUCAUGUGUCAUUUGUAAUGCUAAUGUUAUCAUUGAAUGCACAGACUUGAUUCAGCAAUGUACUUAGGCCUAAAUGUUGCAAAAUUUGUUGUUUCUGAAUUUUGUUUAGAACUGUGAAUUUCCAAUUGUUUAGAGGAUGGAGUGACUUUGAAUGAUGUUGAUGCCCUGAUGCGUGAAAGUCCACUUGAUGGUGGAUUCUCAUUUGCAUAAUGGAUUAAAUGUGUUUAGAAUAACGUUGAACAAAGUCAUUUAAAAAAAGUUUGAAGACGUUGAAUUUAAAAAAGAUGGAAAUGUUUGUUUCAUUGUACAUGUAGUUAAACAUUUUAAGCUUUCACUUCAAGCAAACAUAAAUCACACAAUAUUUCCAUCUUUUACGAUUUUCAUCUGAAACACUCAAACAAACAGUCAAAACAUGUCUUCAUCAAUACAAAUCAUUCCUUUCAACCUACAUGUAAUACCUCAGUCACAUUUCCUCUAAGGCAAUUCGAAAACAGCAGUUAUAACAUUUUUUGUACCAGCUACAUGUACAUAUUGGUGGUUUGAAUAAAAAUGAAUAAAACUGCUGUUUUCGACCCACCGUACGGCCAUCGUAGGGGAAAUGUGACUGAGAUAUUAAUGACACAAGAACAAAGACACCCAAACAUUUCAUUUUUGCACAACAUUCACUGUCACCUGCAUCCUAGGCAUAAUUCUAAAGAACUGGAGACUGUUUAGAAAAAAAUGUGUUUCAAAAAUUUUAGGCAACAUUUCAAUUCUGACUUUGCCCUAUAGGCUAUAUUUAACUGUAACUAUAUGUAAACAUUCCAUGAUUAUACAUAAUCACAGCAGAUGACACAAAAGAGGCACAAUGAAACUUUACAAUGAUACCAGUUCCUCCUUUGUACUUGAUUAACAAAAGUGUAUCAUCUUUCAAUCUUGGGUUGCAGAACUCUUUUUUAGGGAUUUAUAAAAAGGGAUUGGUUAUUUGGUUUGGGUGAGGAUUUAAUGUCUAGUAGUUAUCUAUUUAUUAAAAAUAAUGAAAUGCUCAUGUAAAGCAAGCGUACACCCUGUAAGUCCUUUACUUUUUUAGAGACUUUCAAGUUGAAAUGUAUAGUUCAAUAGUUGCAAAAUUUAUUAAAAAUGAAGAAAGAAAUUAUUGGAAAAUUUACUCUGCAUACAGAUUAUGUGGCAUAUUGGUAUCCGUGGUACACUGUUCACUGCAGUACAUUCCUACAUGUACAUGGGAGGGUUUUUAUUGAAUCAAACAAAUCUAGUCUUGCACAAUUGCCUCAAAUUUAAGUGAUGCUAUUUUGAGGGUAGGCAUUAUCUGAGCAUCACUCCCACUUUCAUUAAGAAGCAAUAUGAAGUGAACAGCUGCGUGGAAAAAUAGUGGAAGAUUUUCACUUCCAGGCAGUGCGUUUGUACAUCCUGGUCUGCAUCAGUCUGCACAAUCAUACAUGCUAGUACAUGUAUAUAAUUGUCAAAGAACUUUAUUGGAAAGUUUGCCUUAAUUUAAAGUCUUGUUAGUCCCCCCCCC